AUGUUUUAUUCUUUAUUUCUUAUUUCGUUAUUAACUAAUAUUGGUUAUACAGAAAAUAAUCAAUGUUCAUUUUUAAAUAGUAAAUUAAAUAAAUAUGGAAUUCAUAUAAAAAUACAUGAUAAAGAUUUUAUUGGUUUAAAAUUAUGUCAAAAUUUAAUAAAUAAUUAUUGUUGUCCACAAAUUUAUGAAGAUAAAAUACAGAAUGCAACAAUAAUUGAACUUUAUCAAUUAUCUGAAUUUUAUUCAAUUAAUUUAUAUGAAUCAUUAAGACGAAUAACUGUUCAAUUAAAUGAAACAAUUAGAAAAUUAAUCGAAUCAUCACGAAAUGAAACACAUUCUAUUUUACAAUAUAAUUAUAAUAAAAUUUAUAAUUUUUAUCGUUCAUCAAUUAAUUUAUUUUUUAAUAAAUUAUUAAUGAUAUCAUAUAAAAAUUAUCAAUAUGAUAUUAAAAAUACUAUUGAAGAAUUAUUUCGUAAUAUUCUUCGUAUAACAGUAAUAUUAAAUAAUAAUAAUACUAAUAAACCAAUCUUACCAUCAUAUUUAUUAUGUCUAUGGAGAAAUCAUCCAUUUGGUAAUCGACAAUAUGUAAUUAUUAAUCAAUUAGAAAUUAAUUUAGGAAAAUUAUUUCAUUUAAAUGAAUUAUUUAAAUUAAGUAAUGAACUUAUUCAAAUUAUAUCAAUGGUAUGUUCGAAAAUAUUUUUCAUAAAUUCAUUUUUUUUUCAGAUGAAAUUUUGAAUAUUGAUGAUUUGUCGGUUUAAAAUAAUCUAUAUUAAACUAAUUUGUAUAGUGUUGAAAUAUGAUUUAGAAGAGUAUUAUUCUCUUAUCAACAUCACGAUAGAUAUAUUUAUCAAAUUUAAUGAAUGUAAUUGUAUAUCAGAAUUUGAGCAGAACUAAAAAGUGUGUCAUUUAUUAAAUUGUACAUUGGUAUGAAUGAUUAUUAUUUUUUGUUGAUUUUUGAUUUGAAGAAAUUUU